ACCUUUGCAUCACAUGCUAGAGUGCGAGGAUCUUGCCUCUGAAACUCCAAAGACUCUGAAACUCCAAAAACUUGGACUCUCGCUUACUUGGCUUCCUCUUUUUCUCUAUGGUAAGUCUCUCCUGCAACUUCAAGCUCUCAUUUUCAGAUCACUUUCUUUAUUUUCGAAUCAAAUCUCUAUUCUUUUUGAAAAAUCUCUACUCUUAUGUCAAUUGAACGACAUUAGAAUUAAAACAUUUUGAGGAAAUUUCACCUACCACAAAAGAAUCAAUUCAAUUUUUUUGUAUCCACAGGCAAAAGAAGAGGAGAAAUGAUCUGGUUUAACAACAUGCUUGAACCAGACAUGCAACACAAUCUACAGCCCGAACCAAACAGGUUUUUUUUUGUUGCUUUUACUGCUUUUUAAGUGAUUUACUCUGUUCUUCUGAAAAUUUCCAGAUAUUUUGGUGAUUCUGUUUUGUGUAAACUGUGGAAAAGGAAGAAAACAAAUCAGAUAUCUUUCACUGUUUAGCAACAAAGGAAAUUUUUGAUGAACUGGUUUUGGUUGUGUGAUCUUUGUGUGACACUGCAAUUACUUUUUUUCUUUUUUGUUAAUUUAUACUUUAUAUGGAAAGAUGUGAAGUGGAAUUGUUUAUUUAUUGAUCAUUUCAGGAGGAGGCUUAGUCUUGAAAUACCUGGGUUGUAUAAUAUGUCUUGUACAGAAUUAUUGGCUCUGGCUAAUAACACAGACGCGUACGGCACAAGUUCAUCAGUUGGUGCAUCAUCAUCAUCAUCAUCAUCACUUAGCUCUCAAUACUCAAUGGAUUCAUGGAUUAAUAGUAGGAGGAUGGAGUCUAAUCCGUUGUUUUCAAACCCUGGAUCCUCCCUUGGGAUAAAUACAGGCAUUUCUGGACAAAGAACAAUGCAAACACAACAAUAUGAUGUGUCAACUCAACAGAGGUUUCUUUGUGACCUUAAUCGUACACCUGAAGAGAUGGUGAGCACCAGUCUGCGACCAACAGAAGCUGAGUUGCCUCCGAUCACAUUAGAAAGGCCAGCCAGAAGAUUAGCUGAAACAGACCAGGAGCCUCACGACCCUAUCAAGAAGUCUAUCCUUGAAACUGGAUCUCGUGCAGGAGUAAAGAGAGGAAGACCACGAAAUAAUGAGAAAGGACAGCUGAAAACACCGGCACCGAAGAAAAAAAAGACCAGGCCAAAGGUUGUUGGUGAAGGCAAAACAAACAAAGCCUCAUCAUCUAAACCAAGGGUUAAAACAUCCUCUGCUGCUACUGCUACUGCUGCUACUGCUACUGCUGCUGCUGCUCCUCCACCUGCUGCUACUGCUACUAAAACUUCUGAAGAGACCAGUUAUGUACGGCCAAAAAGAUCAAGCGGCAGAUUUUUGCGACUUGACUUUGACGUUCAAGACGAAGAAGAGGAAUAUUGUGGUCUAGAUUUCCCUUCAGAAGGUCACACAGGUGGAGAAGGACCAACCGAUAGAACACUUGUGAUAUUUAGUAACAUUCCAAAGGGAAGACGGAAAAGGAGAACCAAUGCCUUUAAGAGAAAACAAAGAAUCAAUCCGUCUUCAUCAGAACAAGGCAAUGAUGGCCUCGGUUCUAUGCUGUCCCCGGUCAACACAGGACCAGCAACUCUCGAGGAAUCAGAACAAGACAUUCCCAGUGAAUCACACAUUUCUCAAAGCUUGGGAAGAAAAAGAUCAUCCAUAGUUACCAGACCAAGGAACGUCCGGUCACUGAGUAAACUUAUAAAAAGCAUUGUAGCAAACAAACGUGGUAGAAAAGUACAUAACCGUCGUGGCAGACCUCCGCAGGUUAAAGUUAACCGUCGUGGCAGACCUCCGCAGGUUAAAGCUAACCGUCGUGGCAGACCUCCGCAGGUUAAAGCUAUCGUUGACGUUUCCCCAAUACAAACAAAAGUGUUUAAAAAUAAGCGGAGUCCAAGAGACCCUACAGCAAGCCAAAUCAAUGCAAGGGUACUAGACCUGCAGUGGCGACGCCAAUCUCCACAAGGUACAUCGUUUGCUGACAUGUGGGAAAGAAGUUCGACAAUUGAUGCCAUCACUAAGUUGUUAGAAGAGCUAGACAUCAACAUAGAAGGUCUUUGCCUUCCACAUAAUAGAGAAACCGCACUCAUUCUAUACAAAAAGACAUAUGAAGAGCAACAGGCAUUGGUGAAGUAUAGCAAGAAGCAGAAACCGAAAGUACAAUUGGAUCCUGAGACCAAACGAGUUUUUAAACUCUUGAUGCUGAGUAUCCACAGCAACGGUGUUGAUGGAUCAGAUGAGAAAACACGUAACUGGUGGAAAGAGGAGAGGAACGUGUUAAAAGGCCGAGCAAGUUCGUUCAAUGCUCAAAUGUGUAGAGUCCAAGGCGAUAGAACUUUCUCACCUUGGAAAGGAUCGGUUGUGGAUUCAGUAGUGGGAGUUUUCCUCACCCAGAAUGUUGCAGAUCAUUCAUCAAGUUCCGCAUAUAUGGAUGUAGCUGCUGCGUUUCCUCUCGACUGAAACUUCAACAAGAGAUCAUCUCCUGAAGAGUGGGGAAGUUCAGUAACUCAAGAAACAAUGAUGAAUCCAAGAAUUCGUAAUCCAACUUGCGUCAUCAUAGAGGAGAUUCAUGAUGAUGAUGAUGAGGACGGCACUGAUGUUGUUUGUAGUCAGGGAUCAUCUAAAACGAGUGACAGUUCCAUCAGUUCUACAAACCAAUCAACAAUGAUGCUGUCGGAUCCAUUUAACACAAGUUUGGUGAAUGAGCAAGUUGAUUCCCAAAUGGUGAAAGGCAAAGGUCAUAUACCAAACUCGAAGGGUCUUUCUAUGGUGUCGUAUACUUCUUCUCAUUUCGAACUGAACUUAAAUGAAGUACCACCUGAAGUAGAGAGUUGUGAUUCAUUCACAAACAUAGACUAUAAAGAAAUUCAUGUUCAACAUAUGUCCAGCCAUCAACAAGAACUGGAGAGUACCCUUCAUGCACAAGACCAGGAACAGAACACAAGAAAAGAGGAUGUGAAGAAGAAACCAACUACUUCCAGACCAGUACGUCGACCGCGCAAAAACAAGGUAGAUGAAUCCUCAUCAAAGAAAACUUCAAAGGAACCAGCAAAGAGCAAGCCAAAGGACAGCUUUGACUGGGAUAGUUUGAGAAAGGAAGCGGAAAGUGGUGGCAAAAAGAGAGAGAAAACAGAAAGAACAAGGGAUACAGUUGAUUGGGAUGCUGUUCGAUGUGCAGACGUCAACAAAAUCGCUAAUAUAAUCAUAAAACGAGGGAUGAACAACUUGCUUGCUGGAAGAAUCAAGGCCAACAGACUGGUGGAAGAUCAUGGAAGCAUUGACUUGGAGUGGCUAAGAGAUGUUCCCCCUGACAAAGCCAAGGAGUAUCUACUAAGCAUAAACGGAUUGGGAUUGAAAAGUGUUGAGUGUGUUAGACUUCUGUCAUUACACCAGAUUGCAUUCCCGGUUGACACCAAUGUCGGACGCAUAGCUGUAAGACUAGGAUGGGUUCCUUUGCAGCCACUGCCUGAAGAGCUGCAAAUGCAUCUUCUAGAGCUGUACCCUGUAUUAGAUUCUGUUCAGAGGUACCUAUGGCCGAGGCUCUGCAAGCUCGACCAAAAGACGUUGUAUGAAUUGCACUAUCAUCUCAUUACGUUCGGCAAGGUCUUCUGCACAAAAAAAGCUCCCAAUUGCAAUGCAUGUCCAAUGAAGGCGGAGUGCCGACAUUACGCUAGUGCACAAAGUGCACGUCUUGCUCUACCAGAACCAGAGGCGAGCGAUAGAACAACUGUAAUGCUCCAUGAGAGAAGACAUCAACGCAAACCCUUUGUAGUUAAUUUCCAGCCAUCUUUAUUGCUUUCUCAAGAAAAAGAGCAAGAAGUGCAAAGAUCCGGAAGCUGCGUACCAAUCAUUGAAGAACCGGCAUCACCCGAACCAGAGUAUACAAUGCAUGACAUUGAGGAUUAUCCUUGGGACAAUAACAGAGUUUUAAAUUCUAAGUUGUUGGAAAAUGAUCCUUGGGCAAGUCAGGAGAUGAUUCCUACAAUCAUGCUCAGCAAGGAAGCUGGUACAUCAACGGAAUUGGUGGUACUAAGCGCAGAAGCAGCAGCAAUACCUACACGUCAACUCAAGUCCAAGGAAAGGCUACGCACAGAGCACCUCGUCUAUGAGCUCCCUGACCACCAUCCUAUUCUAGAAGGGUUUGAUAGGCGAGAAGCUGAGGAUAUAUUUCCCUACCUGUUAGCCAUUUGGACGCCAGGUGAAACUGAAAACUCCAUUCAACCGCCUAAACAAAGAUGUGAUUUCCAAGGAAACGACAGUACAUUAUGUCAUGANCGUUUUGAUAGGCGAGAAGCUGAGGAUAUAUUUCCCUACCUGUUAGCCAUUUGGACGCCAGAAUGCAACAAGAUACGGGAAGAGGAAUCACAAAUAGUGCGUGGAACUAUACUGAUACCUUGCAGGACAGCAAUGAGAGCAGGCUUCCCUCUGAAUGGCACCUACUUCCAAACCAAUGAGGUUUUUGCUGACCAUGCCUCUAGCAUCAACCCAAUUGACGUCCCAAGAAAACUGAUAUGGAAACUAGCAAAGAGAAUCGCAUACUUUGGAUCUUCUGUGAGCGUAAUUUGUAAAGGUUUAACAUUGGACAGUAUCCGAGACAAUUUCGAGAAAGGAUAUGUUUGCGUAAGGGGAUUCGACAAGGAGAAUCGUAAGCCAAAGACUCUAGUGAGAAGACUGCACUGCGCACCAAGCAACCAAGAACCCAAAACACAAGAAAAGAAGCCCAAAAAACAAGAAAAGAAGCCAAGAAAACAAGUAAAGAAGCCAACAAAACAAGGAAAGAAGCCAAAGAAACAAGGAAAGAAGCACCUCCAAAUUGCAUAAACAUAGAGUUAAGACAUUGGAUUCAUGGGUUAAAAGGGGGUAUACAUCAUCAAGGUCAUCAUAGCUUUCACCAAACUUUCAGAUUCUUGAAACUUCUCUUAGGAAAAAAAAAAAAAACAAUGUUUCCUUUUCUUUUUGUUUUUUUUUUUUGUCCUUGCCAUCGUUUUGGGCGAUGGAUGUUAGUUUUUGAACUCAUCUUUUUUUGUUUUUUAAGUUAUUAUUUCAUAAAUUUUGCAGCAGCAAUUAUUCAUCUUUUCAGUUAUCAUACUUGAUGAGAUUUAGUCACUCUCAAGCUAAUUUCAAUCUUCUGGUCCCUAAUUCCAAAUCAGAUUUGGUAGAAAAUCAAAUGCAAUUGCUCUAAUAAGUACAAAUCGUAUCCAUAUUCAAACAAAAUUAAGGUUUAUUCACGAAUCCUAUAGACUUAGGUCUAAAAAUAGAUUACUAAAAAUAGAUUACAGAGUUUAGCAAAACAUACCUUUCUUCUCGAAUCGAUGCACAGAAGCGAAUCGAGAGAGCAUUAGAGAAACAAUGUUC